UUUACAUUUUAUAGACUGCAUUUACGCCUACGACAUACGUUUGUUUUGUCAGUCAGGAAUCGACGAACAAUUGCGUCAUCGUAAAUAAAUGAUUUUGAUACCUCAUGUUCAUCAGAUUUGAGGGAUUUUUCUGAUCAUAGGACCUAGCAGAGUACCGUAUGGUAUAACGGCGAAAAGGUUCUGUGCCUACAUUAUAAAGCAGUGAAUCACUUGAGAAGUCAAUUUGAGGACAGAAAGGCUUGUUACCAUGACAACCACACCGCAGAAUGGAGGGGUUGAUAAUCAUUGGGUUGCCCCGGACCUACCCUCCCGCUGCACUUGGCAUCUUGGUAUGGAGAAAGGGAAGAGCCCCCACAGACAUGAUAUGAGUGAGAGCAAUAAGAUUCGUGAGAGAACUCAACCCAAUGUCUUGAAGAUGAUCGGAAACACCCCCCUUGUCCGCAUCAACAGCAUUACAAAGGGGACGGGUCUCAAGUGCCAAAUAUUGGCCAAGGCUGAGUUUUUCAAUGCCGGUGGUAGUGUCAAGGAUAGGAUCGCAUUGAAGAUGGUGGAAGAUGCUGAGAAGGACGGAACGUUGAAACCUGGGUAUACACUGAUUGAACCAACAUCAGGAAAUACAGGAAUUGGUCUUGCUUUGGUAGCAGCCGUCAAGGGCUACCGCUGCAUCAUCGUCAUGCCGGAAAAGAUGUCCAACGAGAAAGUUGACGUCCUCCGUGCGCUUGGAGCCGAGAUUGUAAGGACACCGACAUCCGCGAGGUUCGAUGCUCCCGAAUCUCACAUCAGUGUCGCACAGCGUCUGAACCGGGAGAUACCGAAUUCUGUGAUUCUUGAUCAGUACAGGAAUGCUGGGAAUCCGUUAGCGCACUACGAUAAUACGGCAACAGAGAUUUGGCAACAGUGCAAUGGUAAAGUAGACAUGGUUGUUUGUGGAGCAGGAACGGGAGGUACAGUGACCGGUAUUGGCAGGAAACUCAAGGAACUCAACCCUCACAUUAAGGUUGUUGGAGUUGAUCCCUUAGGUUCAAUCCUUGCCCAACCAGAGAAACUAAACGAGACGGACGUCACCAGCUACGAGGUGGAGGGAACCGGUUAUGAUUUCAUUCCUACUGUCCUUGACCGGACAGUCGUUGAUAUGUGGCUCAAGAUAGGGGACAAAGAAUCCUUCUUGAUGUCGAGGAGAUUGAUCAAGGAAGAAGGACUCCUCUGUGGUGGUAGUAGUGGUGGAUCAAUGUGUGGUGCAUUAGAAGCAGCCAAAUCUCUGAGGGAAGGUCAAACCUGUGUUGUGGUUUUACCAGAUUCUGUCAGGAAUUACAUGACCAAGUUUCUGUCCGAUGAUUGGAUGGUUGAGAAGGAAUUCAUUGACAAGCAUGUUGAUAACACACCACAGCAUUGGUGGUGGAAUCAGCCCAUAUCAAUGUUAAAGCUAGGAGCUCCAUUGACCGUCCUCCAAACGGUCAGUUGCCAGGACGCUAUUGAUAUCAUGAACAAAGAAGGCUAUGACCAGUUACCAGUGGUAGAAGAUUCAGGUGAUGUGAAGGGAGUGGUCACCCUUGGUAGUCUCAUGUCCCAGCUGUUAGCUAAUAAAUGCAAGCCAUCUACACCAGUAGCUGACUGCCUGUAUAAACAAUUUAAAACAGUAACUUUGGAAACAACCUUGGGCAAUUUGUCUCGAUAUUUGGAUCACGAUCACUUCGUUCUCAUCCUACAGGAUCAAAGACUCUACUCUGCGAGCCAGACUGUGGCACAGAAGAAAAUGAUCUUCGGGAUUGCGACGCGAAUCGAUCUCCUCCACCACAUCACCCACAACCAACCAAAAGGCACUGUAAAUGGUUCUUAAAUGGUCAAGCUAAUACAUUUUUAAACAGUCAAGAAAUACAAGUAAUGUGACACAAGUCACUCCACUUUCACGACAUCACACAUAACCAGCCACAAGGCACCGUAAAUGGUUCUUAAACGGUCAAGCAAAUACAAUUUAAACAGUCAAGAAGUACGAGUAAUGAGACACAAGUCACUCAACUUUCACAGCAUCACACAGAACCAGCCACAAGGCACCGUAAAUGGUCCUUAAACGGUCAAGCAAAUACAAUUUAAAUGGUCAAGAAAUACGAGUAAUGAGACACAAGUCACUCCACUCCACGACAUCACACAGAACCAGCCACAAGGCACCGUCGACAGUUUUUCGGUGGUCAAUCAUAUUUCAUUUGGACAGUCACUUGUCAAUGGAAAACUUGGUGAUUUUCAAUUUAUUCUAGCUUUCCAUGUCCAUAACUGUACACAGUGAGGGAGGCAUUAUUUUCAUUGCUGAGUCGUGGGGAUGCACAUUUUCUGAAAUUUUGCACAGUUCAUUCUGAAUAAAAACCCUUUCAAAUUAGCUUAGUCAGUCCACUUCCUCACAUGUAUAUUUAAGGUAUUUUUUGUGCU